AUGAACCAUUACGUGAGAUCAGGCUCUACCAGUGUCUCGGCAUCACUCGACACCGUUGGCGCGGCUUGCAACUCUCCAACUUCCGCUUCAUCGGAUUUAAUAGCACCUACUAGUCUUCUUCUUAUCUCCGCAGACCCUUGCACAUCUUCAGAUGUGGCAUUGUCAUCCGACCAUUCUGGUGAAUCAGCUUCUCUUUGCCGUUUUCCUUUCAUCCAAAUGAUGAUUGUUAAUCUUAUCAGUCUUUAUGCUGCCAUAAGUCUUAGGAUAUCAUCAAGCGUCAGUCAGCCGCCAAAAAUCAAGAGCAAAUUAUAUAAAAGAACUCAUUCACCAGGGACGUUCAUUGACCAGAUGAGUCCAGACACCAAGGAUCUUCGACGCCGAGUCAGUCACAAUGAAGUUGAACGUCGUCGCAGAGACCGCAUUAACACGUGGAUUGCUGAGCUCCACAAACUGCUUCCACCAAACGAGCAAGCAAAGGCACAAUAUCAAAGCAAGGGUAUGGUCUUAAAGCGUGUAUGCGAAUAUUUUCAGAAAUCUUAG